CUCUCUACCUACCACAGCUCAACCCCAAAGAAUACACAAAAUGAAACUACCAUCAUUAUACCCAUCCAUCCUCCUCCCGCUCCUCUUCUCCCUCCCCACCCCGGCCGUCUCCGCGUCUUCCCUCAAAAUCGUCAUCCCCCCUUCCACCCUGCUCCCAAACCCGCACUCCCUCCCACCCGGAACCCACGCAACCCUCACCUCCCUCUCCCGGCCCCUGGAUCCCUCCGCGUCGUCGAGAGAACAACCCACCCGCAAAAGCAUCCUCAAGGCCCCGCUCACCCGCGCCGCCUCGUUCGUGUUCGAUCUCGCCCUGAACGCCCCCGCCCCCGCCACCACCAAUGCCGCAGCCCAGUCUUCGUAUCUCCUCGAUAUCCGGGCCCCGGAGUACGUCUUCGCGGCGUAUCGAGUCGACGUCUCCAGCGAGGGAGAGCUCCUCGGCGUCUGGGAGACUUUUCGCGGAAAUGCCUGGGAGAAUACGGGGGUGGAGAAGUUUUCGUCUUCCUCGAGCUCUGCUUCCACUUCUGAAUCCGAAUCUGAAUCUGAAUCCGAGUCAUCACGCUCUGCGUCCAGUGCCGAUGUGAUUAUCAUCGAUGCCAAAGUGCUCGGGAAGAAAGCGUUCUAUGAGAUUCGUCCCAAGUUCUCGCCCCUGGCGCUCUUUAAGAAUCCCAUGAUUUUACUGGCCCUCGUUGCCUUGGGGUUCACUUUUGGAAUGCCCAGGCUUAUGGAGAAUAUGGACCCCGAAAUGCGCGCCGAAUUCGAGAAACAGUCUCGCGCCUCUCCGCUUUCCGGCGCCGCCUCGGGUGCCAUGUCCGCUGGGGGCCCGGCGAACUUUGAUCUGGCUGGUUGGAUGGCUGGCCAGGCUGCCCCUGCCCCUGCCCCUGCCCCUGCGUCUGGCGCUGGCGCUGGAGAUGGCGAGGUGGCUGGAUCUCGAGGGGCUGCGAGUGCGAGGGAUAACCGGGGUGCGGCGCGGAGACGAUAG